GAGAGAGAGAGAGCGAGAGAGAGAGAGAAAAGGUUUUGGUGGGAAGAUCAAGCUUGUGCACAGCAGCAAGGCUGGAUAUCGCAUGACCGAUGCAGAGCUGCAGAGAAAGAGAGAGAGAGAGACAGAGAGAGAGAGGCAGAGAGAGAGAGAGAGAGAGAAUCGAGAUUCUUGCAUUCGGGGAGAAAGCUGGAAGAGCAUAUUCGCUGAUCUGCGCUCGUUUUGGACGCUCUGGCGGCUAAAAUAAAGAGGCGCAUUUGUCAUCCGCUUCAGGUCUGUGCGUACUUGGAGGAAAGUCACGUUCUUUAAGAAAAAAAUAAAAUAAAUAAAAAUACUGAAGAAAAAAAAUGCAUGCGGUAAGCCCGGCGUGAUGUUCUGAGAUGUGGGAUUACAGCGCUCUGUUCUCAGUCAUGUCCGAACUUUGGUUCUGGCUGCUCUUCCGAGAUGACGCCGCUGAUUUCGGCCGGACGGACUCGGAAGCCGCGCUGGCGUGAAUGAGAUCUCUCCCUCCCUCCUCCUCCUCCUCCUCCUUCUCCUUCUCCUCUUCCUCUUUUCCCGGAUCAGACGGCACUCUUAACGUGCGCCUGCUGUAUGGAGCCUAACGCGGAGGAGACUUGACUUGUUUUUUUUUUUUUUUUUUAAUUAUUUAUUUUUUUUAUUUUAUUUUCCUUUGUUUUCUAUUUCGCCCAAUUUUUGUUGUAUCUGCUUUGGCGAUCGAGUGAAGGACGGGUGACACCAUAGGAGAAGGAGGGGGAAAAAAAAAGACAAAUCAAUGUUUUCCACUGAGGUUGGAGAGAGAAGACCGUGAUUUUCGGGAUGCCUUGGCGUUCACACGGAUCGGCACGAUGACACCUCACACUGGCACCACACUCGAGUGAGCCGGGGCAUCCUCUCCCAGGACAAAAUGCAUAUCUGGAUUCUAAAAAUAAUCCUUCUGAUUGCAUCAUCUCCGAGGCUGGUCGAGAUGUAUGACAAUUAUGGGGAGAUCUGCCGGAGUCUGUGCACGUGUGACGAGAAGGAGGGGAUCCUGACAGUGAGCUGCGAGAACCGGGGGAUCAUCAGACUGACAGAGAUCAGCCCGGUUCAGUUCCCGAUGUACCACCUCCUGCUGACAGGGAACCUCCUGAAGAAGCUGUCAGUCAAUGAUUUCAUCAAUUACACCGGGGUAACCAUCCUGCACUUGGGGAACAAUGAUAUCUCCGAGAUCGAGUCAGGUGCCUUCAACGGACUCCAGGGAUUAAAACGGUUGCACCUGAAUAACAACAAGAUUGACCUUCUGAGGGACGACACUUUCACAGGGCUGGAAAGUUUGGAAUACCUACAAAUUGAUUAUAACUACAUUACAACUAUAGAGCCCAAUGCCUUGAGCAAACUGCACCAACUGACAGUAAUGAUUUUGAAUGAUAACUUACUUUCUGCCCUCCCCUCCAAUAUAUUCCGGAAUGUCCCCCUUACGCACUUGGACCUUAGGGGGAAUCGACUGAAAAUGUUCCCCUACAUCGGCCUCCUGGAGCACAUGGACAAAGUCGUGGAAUUACAACUGGAGGAAAAUCCGUGGAACUGCUCCUGUGAGCUCAUUGCUCUCAAGGCUUGGCUGGAGAGCAUAGCCUACACGGCUCUGGUUGGGGAGGUGGUGUGCGAGACGCCUUUCAGGCUGCAUGGCAGAGACCUGGAUGAGGUGUCCAAGCAGGAGCUGUGCCCGCGGAGACCCGUAGAGGACACGGUCAGGCCUGCACCACCCAGCAGCACCAAUGGAUAUUAUCAGACCACACCUUCUGCUGUCACGGCCUCUGUCACCUCAUCAGCUGUUUUUAGGUCCUCCUCCAGGCCUACCAAGGGCACACGGCAAUUUAACAGAACUAGGUUAAAGCCCACUUCUCGGUUACCGGGCGGUAACCCGUAUAACUAUGGCCCCAUCAUUGCUUUUCAGACCAAAUCUCCUGUGCCUUUGGACUGCCCCACUGCCUGCACAUGUAAUCUGCAGAUUUCUGAAAUUGGGUUAAAUGUCAACUGCCAAGAGAGAAAGAUUGAAAGCAUUUCUGAUCUGAAACCCAAGCCAUACAACCCUAAAAAAAUGUAUCUCACUGGAAAUUACAUCCCUGUGGUGCGAAGAUCUGAUUUUGUCGAUGCUACUGGAUUGGAUUUGCUUCACCUGGGAAACAACAGGAUAAGUGUGAUCCAUGACAGGGCUUUUGGGGAUUUAACCAACCUGCGUCGGCUGUAUUUAAAUGGUAAUCUCAUGGACAGGCUUACAGGGGAGAUGUUUUUUGGCUUGCAGAACUUGCAGUACCUUUAUUUAGAGUACAACAAAAUCAAGGAGGUGGAGGCUGGCACUUUUCGCUACCUGCCUAAUCUCCAGCUGCUUUUCCUCAACAACAACCUCCUCAAAACUUUACCCAUGGGCAUCUUUUCCAGCCUCUCCCUGUCUCGGCUUAAUCUGCGUAACAACCAAUUCCAAAACCUGCCUGUGAGCGGUGUUUUAGAUCAGCUCAAGUUGCUUGUGCAGAUAGAUCUGUUUGAAAACCCCUGGGACUGUUCUUGCGACAUAGUGGGGAUGAAGAUAUGGCUUGAGCAGCUCAGUGCAGGGACGGUGGUUAAUGAGGUUGUGUGCGAGACGCCCGUACGCCACAGGGGGACGGAUCUGCGUUCCAUCCAGUCUGAGCAGCUGUGCCCAGACUACACUGACUCAUACGUCUCACCAACUCCCCCCACGGAGGAGCCCAUGGACGACCAUGUUGUCACAACAAACGCUCCCCAGAAGUUCAGCCCCUCAAGCAGCACAGUUCCCCUCUCGGUCCUCAUCCUUAGCCUCUUGCUUGUUUUCAUCAUGUCCGUCUUUGUGGCAGCGGGGCUCUUUGUUGUGGUGAUGAAAAGGCGCAAAAAGUCUCAGAGUGACCGCACGAGCACCAACAAUUCGGACGUCAGCUCCUUUAACCUGCAAUACAGCCUCUACAGCAAUCGCUCCGGCCCUAAAGUCAAAGCCCCCGCCGGUCAUGUUUACGAGUACAUUCCCCACCCCAUGGGCCACAUGUGCAAAAAUCCCAUUUACAGGUCACGGGAAGGGAACACGGUGGAGGAUUACCGAGACCUUCACGAGCUCAAGGUGACAUACAGGAGUACCCCUGAUGAAGAGAGGGAUGGUAGCACGUUGAGGAGUCCCGCAUACAGCGUUAGUACCAUCGAGCCACGUGACAACCCCUCCCCCAUCCAGGAUGCAGACCACUUUUUCAGGGGCAUUCUGGAGCCUGAUAAGCAGUCUCCGCAUCAGUCCAUCCCAUCCAUCCCAGCAGCCAAUUUAGAGUACAAGUACACUGGGCCUGUGUCGUACACAUACAACCCAAAUUUCGAUGUCAGACGGCAGUUCUUGCACCCGGAGAGGAUAAGAGAAACGGUGCUCUACGGCACAGCACCCAGUACUGUUUAUGUGGAGCCCAACAGAAACGAGUAUUUGGAGCUAAAAGCUAAACUGCAGUCUGAGCCUGAUUACCUCGAGGUCCUUGAGAAACAGACCACCUUUAGUCAGUUCUGAGCAACGCGGUUGCUAAUGUUAAUGAGACACUUUCUCUGCUGGUCCUCCUUGAAACAGUGGCUCAGUUUAUUAAAGGGUGCCUUGGCACAGAAACACACGAGCAAACGCGAGGGAGCUAGGACGGGGUGUGCCGAACAAUCAAUUCUUUCUGAAACGCGACAGCACGAAAAACGGAUACAGCUUUCUGACACGUAGACGAACAAACUCCACUGAUGAUGAUGCAAAUUUUAUUUUUUUAUGGUGAAGAUGGAAUAACACAACAUGUAAGUGUACUGGUAAAUCCUAUCCAACUUCAUUUUCAGGAAUAUAACCAUACAUUAAAAAAAAGGUAUAUUGUGAAUCAGAAGAGAGAGAGAGAGAGAGAGAAACGUUUAUAAAAUCCCUCCGGGAAAAAAAAAAAAAAAUAACACUUGUACAGCAGAUGAUCAGAACUGUGUAGGACUAUUUUCUGCUGUAGUCUGUAAGUAAGUAUUUAUUGAUAUAAUCUGCCAUGUCUUUUAAAAAAAGAAAAAAAAAAACUUUGAUUCUACAUCAGAUAUUACCUGUGUCAUCAUAUUCCAUGAUCCUCUGGAAAAAAAAGGCUUAUGUUUGUAGUUUCAUUUACUGUAGCUCUGCAUUGUAACAGUGGCUUUUUCUUUUUUGAAAGUGGCACACCCCCCCAAAUGUUCAAAAACAGACUGCGUCAUUUGAAGAUUUAAAAAAACAAAACAAAAAAAAAAACAACAAAAAAUAGUGUCUUUGUAUGCUUUCUGCACUUUUUGAAAUUGGAAGGCGAGUUUGCCUUCGUUGAGCUCUCAUAAAGGAGAUUAUUAUAUUAAAAAUGAAUAUGAGUAUUCAUUCUUAAUAUGUAGAGGUGAUAUGUUAUCAAAACUAAAUUCAUAAAUGAUAUUUGAAGUAUUCAUUAUGUUGUGUAAUACUGAUCAAUGUAACACCUAUUUUUAUACGAGCAUUGGCAGAUUCUCUAUCCCUUAUUGGUUCCUUUGUUUUGAUUGCUUUGCACUUAUUGCACUAUAUUGACCAAACUAUGUUAUUGUCAUCAAAUAAAACAAGAUGUCAGGUUCAUACAUUGUGCUCAUGAGGAAAACUGAAGUGUUCUGGUUGACAUUACUAAGAAUCAUCAGAGCUGGGUUGGUAGUGUACCCUUUUAAUUUGGCAAAUCAACUGACAUUGUCUUGGCUAAGAACCGGCGACUGAAGAUGCAGUCUGUGCUUCACUCAUAGGGCUGGCGUCUCAGAAAGGCCUGGAAUCAAUGGGGAUUCAAUCAAUGAGCAUUAAACCUUUGCAAUUAUACAAUGACAACUGUAUCCACAUUACUGCCUGCCAAGCGACAAGGAGGUCAUUUAUAUAAACAUGAUAGGAGCCGACUUAGAGCUCCUGCAAAGCCAGUGGGCAUCAACUUUGACAGUGAUGAGGACAUACAGACUGAAGAUAGUCAUAAUAGACUUGUAUUAGGGAACUUUAAAAACAAAAGAAUUACAUGGGUAGUUAUAAAAAUGCUAAAAAUGUACAUUUAUUUAAUUGUACAUUUCAGUGUGGUUUUAUAUAACACUAUUUUUCAGUGGUGGUUCUGAUAUCUGUUUGGGCCAGUCGAAUAUUAUCAAAUUACAACCACUGAUUCGACCACAAACAACAACAGCUCAACUAUUCAUUAUAGUAAUAGAAUCACAUUUCAACUUGGUUUUUGUUAAGAUACUAAAUUUCAAAUGUAAUAUUUUCAUUCUUUGCAUAUAAAUAAUAUUUUUAGCUAGUUGAAAGGACUCCUAACUGCUCUUAUUGCCCAUAUAUGUUGUGCAUUUUAAGAGGCUAGUGUUUACAUAGAGUGGUAAAGAAAGAAAACAAUAGAGAAUAGAAAGCAAAGAACAUUUCCUUAAAUCGUCAACUGUUAAAGUGGGUCAGACAUGCAUCAAGUUCAAAGCAAGUGCAAAAUGAUGCACUGGUUGGUGUGAAAGGUUUUGUGGUUGAUGACUUGUUUUUGCUCAUGAGAGACCAACAUUGCGAUGGUACAAAAUGACGAGCACAAAUCAAAAACAACAACUUUAGACACUAAAGCAAAACAAAAUAAGUCAAUUAACUAUUAUUGUCUUUUUGAGUAGGAAUCGGUGCAAAACAUAGCUUCCCUGUUGUGAUUUGGGUACAAAAACCAGGCAAAAGUAUAGAAAAAAAAAAAUUCAGUCAAGAGCAAAUCUCAACAUUAAAAGUAUGUAAAUUUUACUUUUGCAGUUUUCAUGUUUGACUUUUUCAGUGAUUCGUGGUAGUGUAUGCUAUGUGACAGACAGGGCUCUGGGUUCAAAAGGAUCCAGAUUCAAAUGUGAGAGGGCGAAAUGAAGACACUUUUUAAAAUACAGAUCGUAACUUAAAGGUAGUUUUUUUUUUUUUUUUUGGUACUGUCUGAAGUUGUUGUCUCGAUUUGUUUGGCCACUUCACUACUUGAAAAUGCAAAGCAGGGCCCAUAAAAAGGCAAGAGGCUGCCCCUGUGCCACCAUUUUCAGUGUGCAGCGAGCGUCACCAUUUAGGAAUCCGAGCGCUCCCUCAGCAGAGACAGACGACAUCUUUCCGGAGCCGAGGCCCGCCGACUAAUUCUCAACUCGCGGGGAAUUAUUUGGAAUUAAAUGAAUUUAUAAUUAAACCUUCUCCGCGUGCAAAGAGCUGUUAUAUAACUGUUUACGUUUUUUUUUUUUUUCUUCUCUUUCCCACUACCAAGUCCAUCGUGGUGCCUGCUGCCUUGCCUUAUUAAAAAAAAAAAAAAAAUGUAACGCUCUGGGUCCUCAUUGCUUUCAGAGAAGCUCAGAAUGAGAGCAGAAGGCAACCAUUUGGGAGAUGAGGAGUCCUGGAACCGAGUGUAACUGUGGAUGUGUCAUACAUGUUGCAGGGAGAGGUGAAUCAUAGCCAAGGAGUGCAUGCACUCGGCCAGCAUUGGUGGCCUGUGGGCUGCUCACAGUUCCUGACAUGGAAUUAUAUUUAAUUUUUGUGAUGCUUAUAUUGCUAAACACUUUGCACCUGAGCAGCACGGUGACAAAUGUUUAAAAUGUGGUGCAGAUGGCUGCAUGGGGUUUCAUUUUCAUAUCCUCGAAUUACAAUUUUUUUUCUUUUCUCAUCGUCAGAUGACAAAAUGUUCGAACACAUUGAUGAAAUCAAUGAAUCAUUUUUUUCCCCCCCUUUUCUGAAAUAGGUUUGUCAUUACUGUGUGUGCGCGCGCGAGUAUUAACAUCUAUCCAACCCAGACUGUUUGGUUUAAUUGCCGCCUUGACCCAGCUUACAGUCCCAGCGUAAUAUAGUCGCAUUUGUCGAAAUUGCACGCUGAAUCAAUUUAAAAACCAAAAUUGAUCAGAGAAUCUGUUGAACUUCUGCGGCGAGAUUGGAGAGGAGGCGGGCGAGGUGAGACAUCCCAGAUGGCGUUGCCUCACGCUGACCGGCAUCCCUGAUCAUUUCUGAAUGAAACUCAUCGCGUGGGAUCUGACGCAAGGCCGGCGGUGUGUGAUGCAGGUGUGGGGCAGAGGAAGCCUCCCUCCUCGCAGAGAGAGAGCUCAUCAGAAAGGCAGAGCCGGGGAGAGAGAGAGAGAGAGAGAGAGAGAGACGGGUGAUGGGCAGCCGGUGUUCUCGUACGCUCUUCUGCUUUCGCACCAUUUGAGAGUUAAUCAAUGCGGAAGCAGAGUGGCACAGCGCAUGAAACCUGUCCAAGCUCUGCACCAAGUGUUGGCUCAUCACUUCUGCUAUUUUCGGUGCGUGGAGUUGAACUUGCCCGGCAAUUACUUUCGAACAGUGUUCUUAAAAAAUAA